AUGUCUUGUUCUGAUUCUUCAAGUGUUCAAAAUUUCCUCAUAAAAAGCUUAUAUCUAAAUCCGGGAUAUCUUAAACUUUUUACCUGGACAAAUGACUUCAACCCAAAUGCUCAACAUCACACUACUGCUCAGGUUUGGAUUCGUAUCUCUGGUCUUGCACAAGAAUAUUGGAGGAAGAACAUCAUCUUUGCUAUAGCUAGUAGUAUUGGAACUCCAAUUUGUGUAGAUGCUAACACUAGUAAAUCCGCUUUUGAGCGGUCUUUUGGGCACUAUGCACGUAUUCUUGUUGAUGUAGAUUUAAGCGUUCAGCUCAGAUAUCAAGUAUUAGUAGAACGUAAGGGAUUUGCAUUCUUCGUUGAGAUAGAAUAUGAAAAUCUCCCGGAUUUUUGUGACUAUUGUAAACAUAUUGGUCAUAAUAAUGCUAAUUGCAAACGGAAUAAAACCGUUGAAACUGAAGCUCGUGACAUGGGUAAAAAUGUUUCUAAAUCGCGGAAGGAAUUCAUACAGGUGCGUGAUAAUCGUCAGAAUCAACCUAGGCAACAACCUGUUAAUAAUGAAACUGCAAGUGGGAGUGAAGCGCGACCCGAUGCAAAUGAACCUAAUAAAGAGGAUGUUGUGAAUGUUAAUCACAUUAGCCAGUCUGGAAAUGAAGACCAUGAGCUUGUAAAUGGUAAUGAGAAUCUUCGAAUAACUCAGGAAGUGCCUGAAUUUAUGUCGGACACCCCCAUCAGUGACAAGCUUACAAAUGAGGCGAUAGAGACAAUAGAGCAUGAUUUCAAUGUCAAUGAUGAUAAUCCAAAUAUACCCAAGGUGGUUCAUCAGGAUGUGCAAAUCUUAAAAUCCAAUCCGGCGGAUAUGGCGGAGGAACAGAGGAAUAAUCAAGAAGGAGAAUUAGCUCUAGACAACACGGAGGAUCAACCUUUCGAGAUUGUUCUCACUAAGUCGCAGAAAAAGACAAAGAAAAGAGGAACUAAUGAUCCCAAUCUUUGGUGCUUUUGUUCCAGUGAUAUCAAUCCUACUGUCUUGCACACUUCAAAUCAACAUGUUUCAUUUAUGAUCAAAAUUUAUGAGCAAAACAUGGUUUUUAGUGCUAUUUAUGCUUCAACUGAUUAUCAAAAGAGAAGAGAUCUAUGGGCCGCUCUUAAUGCGGAGAAAUCAAAUGGUGAUCUUCCUCGUUGCUUUAUUGGAGAUUUCAAUACUAUUCUUGGCAUGCAUGAAUAUAGGGGAAGUAAUACUCCAUCCAGAAUUUGUUAUGAAGAUUUUCAGGAUUGGACCAAUUCUCAUAAUCUUAUUCAUCUGCCUACUAAAGGGGCACACUUCACUUGGGCAAAUGGUAGAAGAGGUAGGAGCUAUACUGAAAAACGGUUGGACAGGUCAGUUUGUAAUACUUUAUUUAUUGAUGCUUGGUCCUCGAUUAGUUGCAAUACGCUCAUUAAAAGUGAGUCGGACCAUUAUCCCAUUAUGCUACAUCUUCACAACAACAAUAAUGUGAGACAUGCUUCUCCAUUCAAAUUCCUUCGUAUGUGGUCUAAACAUGAUGACUGUGUCAAUGUCGUUAAGCAGGAAAGAGUUGCUAAGUUGGAGUAUGCUAAGGCUCUUCACUUUGAAGAAGACUUCUGGCAUGAAAAAGCGAGAAUUAAGUGGCAUACUGACGGUGAUCGUAAUACUCAGUAUUUCCAUCAGUUAGCCAAAGUUCGAUAUGCAACUAAGCUUAUUUCUUCUCUCCGUAAUGGUGAUGAUUUGAUAACUAAUGCAAGUGAUAUUGAAAGUCAUGUUGUAAACUAUUUUAAAGAUAUUUUUAGCUCUCCUAACAUGUGUCUUGAUAAUGGUAUUAUUGAUCAAGUUAUCCCUAACCUUAUUACGGAUGAUCAAAAUAUUUCUCUUACUUGUCUUCCUAGUAUGCAGGAGGUUCACGAUGCUGUUUUUUCUAUGAAUAAAGACGGGGCUCCGGGUCCAGAUGGUUUCGGAGCUAUUUUUUAUCAAACUUAUUGGGACAUAAUUGCGAAUGAUGUGUACAAGGCCGUGUUGCAAUUUUUUUCUAAUGGUUGGAUUCUUCCUAACUAUAACUCUAAUAAUGUGGUUCUUAUUCCUAAGUCUCAUGAAGCAGAUGCUAUUAAUCACUUUAGGCCUAUUGCUCUUGCUAACUUCAAGUUCAAGAUUAUUUCAAAAAUAUUGGCAAGUCGACUUGCUAUGGUUACUCCUACCAUCAUUUCUUCCAAUCAAAGAGGCUUCAUUCCAGGGAGACAAAUUUCUGAUUGCAUUUGUUUAACAUCUGAGGCUAUUAACAUGUUAAAUAACAAAACUUUUGGUGGUAAUCUUGCCAUGAAGAUUGAUAUUAGGAAGGCCUUUGACACUUUAGACUGGGACUUUCUCCUAAAAGUGCUUCACACUUUUGGUUUUAGUCCUGUGUUUUGUAAUUGGAUCAAAGUGAUUCUUCAUUCAGCAUGUCUGUCUAUUGUUAUCAAUGGUCGGCCGUUCGGUUACUUUACUUGCAGAAGAGGGGUUCGUCAAUGGGAUCCAUUAUCUCCUAUUCUUUUUUGUUUAGCAGAGGAAGUUUUAAGCAGAAGCAUUACAAAGCUUGUUGAAGAUGGAUCUCUUCAGCUUAUUCCUGGAACUCGGGGUAAUUUUGUUCCCUCUCAUAUUCUUUAUGCUGACGAUGUUAUGAUUUUUUGCAGGGCAACUCUAGCUAAUAUUAAUAUUCUUAAGGGACUUUUUCAACGUUAUGGAGAAGCUUGUGGACAAAUCAUUAACCCAUCUAAGUCCACUUUCUAUGUUGGAUCUAUUUCUGCUACCAGAACUAAUAGAAUUGCUGAUAUGUUGGGUUUCUCUAUUGGAACUUUGCCUUUUAUUUAUCUUGGUGUGCCUAUUUUUAAAGGGAAGCCAAAAGCUUGCCAUCUUCAAUCGAUUGCGGAUAGAAUUAAAGCUAAAUUAGCUGCUUGGAAAGCCUCUUUUUUAUCCAUUGCAGGCAGAGUUCAGAUUGUUAAGAGUAUUAUUCAUGGAAUGUUGAUCUAUAGUUUCAUGAUAUAUGCUUGGCCUAUUAGUCUGUUGAAAGAUGUUGACAGGUGGAUUAGAAAUUUCAUCUGGAGUGGUAAUGUAGAUCAGCGUAAAUUAGUUACUGUUGCUUGGGAUAAAGUUUGCACUCCCACCAAUGAAGGAGGUCUUGGUCUUCGUUCUUUAAGACAUAUUAAUGAAGCUGCGGAUCUUAAAUUGUGUUGGGAGCUAUUUACAUCAUCUAAUCAUUGGGCGUCCCUUCUCAGAGCUAGGGUGAUGCGUAGUUAUGGUAUUAUUGAUUAUCAUAUUUCUUCUAUUUGGUCAGGUAUCAAGCAUCAUAUACCUAGUGUUACUGAUAAUACUUGUUGGCAACUUGGUAAGGGUGACCAGAUUAAUUUCUGGACAGAUUCUUGGGUGGGUGACCCUUUGGUGGACCUUUUGGAUAUUUCUCGCCAUUCUCAUGCUCUAUUACAGGCUAAGGUGGCACACUUUAUUGCUAAUGAUCAUUGGCUUAUUCCAAACUCUAUUACUUCGAGCUAUCCUAAUUUGGUGCCGUUAUUAAAUUCUGUCACUAUUCCUAUUAGUAAAGCUAAUGAUGAGUUAAGAUGGAUUCAUUCUGAUAGCGGGGUCCUUUCUUUUAAAGAUGCUUACUUGUUUCACAGACCUAUAGGGCAACAUAUUCCUUGGGCUAAAAUUAUUUGGUGUGAGGAUAUUCCUCCCUCUAAAUCUUGUUUGAUGUGGAGAAUCAUGCAUAAUAGAUUACCUACAGAUGAUCUUCUCUCUCAUAGAGGUUGUUAUAUUGUCUCCAAAUGCGAUCUUUGUGGGGAGGCUGCUGAAACCAUACAUCAUAUAUUUUGUGAUUGUUGUUUUUCUAAGGAUAUUUGGCAUUGGUUUGCCUCUGUUCUUUCCUUGCACGUUGACACAAGUACUGUUAGUUCUAUUUUUGAUAUUUGUAACAAAAAUUGGAACUCUCAAUGUAAAAUUGUUGUUAUUUCUGCAGUUGUUAAUAUUUUUAAUACUAUAUGGUGGUGCAGGAACCAACAUAGAUUCGAGGGAAAAUCCAUUCAUUGGAGAUCUGUGGUCAACUCAAUUAUCUCCAAUGUUUCUUUAUCUGGAAAUUUAUCUAAAAAAGCUUCUUUCAUUUCCAUGCAGGAAUUCAGCAUUUUGAAAGCUUUUAAUGUCAAUGUCCAUCAUCCCAAAGCACCUGUCAUCAAAGAAGUAUUGUGGCAACCUCCGCUUUAUAAUUGGGUUAAAUGCAACACAGAUGGUUCAGCGUUGGGUAGCCCCGGUCUUGCUUCUUGUGGGGGUAUUUUUAGAGACUAUACUGCUACUUUUAUAGGGGGGUUUUCUAUUAAUAUUGGAAACUCUUACGCCCUUCAUGCUGAACUUAUAGGUGUUAUGAAUACUAUUGAGAUCGCUCAUUCAAAAGGGUGGAACAAACUUUGGAUUGAAUCUGAUUCACAAUUGGUUAAUUUAGCUUUUAAGUCCGCCCACAUUGUCCCUUGGAAGCUUUGUAAUAGAUGGUUCAAUUGCUUGACGUUGACUAAAACCAUGCAUUUUAGAGCGACUCACAUUUAUUGUGAAGGGAACUGUUGUGCAGAUAGAAUGGCUACUUUAGGCAUUAAUGUUAAUGGUUUUUACUGGUGGGACAAUGUUCCGCCGAGUGUUCAAGGAGAUUAUAUUAGAAAGGUUUUUAAUGAGAACUUGGCACCCUCAAUCAAAUUAGCCACACGCUGUAUACUUGGUGAGAUUGGUGGAUGGAUCAAACAACACCAUAAUGAUCUAUUCUAUCAUUAUCAAGUCCAAAAUGGCAGACCAUUUAUAUCUGAAUCUCCUAAACGCCUCAUGCAAGGGCUUACAGAUUUAGCAAACACGAAGGAAGGACCAUUGCUAACAAAUGAUGAUGUCGAUUAA